GUUUAAAUAUGAAUAAGAGGAUCAAAUAUAAGCAGGCUAAAUAUGCUCUCAAUCACUUCGGAGAGAAGAAAAUUAAGCAGGCUCAGGGUGAAAUCCAAGAAGUUGACGAAAACCAGGCCGAAGAAAAGAACCAAGAAGAUGACCAAAAGCUACCAAAAAUUCAAAAGCAAGGCUUUGUUCUUGACUGCAUCACAGGAAAGAUGCCUGAGUAUAAUAGUAAAAAUGACAAGCAUCUGCAGCACUUUUAUAUUCGCAAGAAAUUAAUCAGGCUCUUGAGAAGACAUGAAAUUAAUUCUCUGCAUAAGUAAAUAUAAGAAGAAAAGAAAAGGCAGGCAGACCAGCAAGUCUGUAAAUGUGACCAGACACUCCUUCUUUAAGAAUAAUCUUAAGAGCAAUGUGUCCUCCAAAGGUGGCUUAAGAUCAAGAAGUUCCCAAAGAGUUCAAGAAAAACCAGUCAAGCCAAGACCAAUUAAUAAUAAAUUCAGAAUCAGUGGGCUUAAGAAAGCGAAAAGGCAUACUUCUAGGAAUGUGAAAAAUAAACUUAACAGAAAAGGGCAAACCCAGAGAGUAUUUUCUUCAGAGAAUACAAAAGAUGGUUUCUUUCUUACCUCCGUGAACGAUAUCGAAAAUGCUGACAAAGAAAAUAAUCCUGAACUAAGUCACCGUAAGCCAAUGUUCGCUAAUCUCAACCCCAAGCCUAAAACCAAGAAGCCGUUCAAAAACUUGUACAGCACUCUCGGAAGGACGGGUAGACUUCCUUCUGUAAAGAGGGGACUUCCGAAGACAUCUCUCGGCUUUCUGAACAAGCAGGGGAGAAUUUCAAGGAACACAGGAGGGCUUACGCACAGGACCUCUCGUUCUCGGAGGACCAACAACGGGUCACAGUGCAAGGGGAAGAAGAAAAUUCCGUACAUGACUAAGGGAGAUUUCAGGUCUUUGUUGGAGAAGUAUAAGAAGGAAGUUGGGAGGGUAAAAGCAGGUUUGGAGUAAUUGAUUGAAGAGGUUUGGAUGAGUUCUUUUGUUUUUUGGGUAGGGUCCUAUUUUUGGGAAUUUUCAAAAAUAAACAUUUGAGCUAUAUCGAGGCAAUAUGAUACCUUUUAUAUAUUUUUAACAUUAUUAUCUUAAUAAAUACCAA